UUCCAUCCAUCUAUGGCGAACUAUAGCCAUGCAGCUGACAACAUUUUACAAAAUCUCUCUCCUCUAACAGCCUUUCUGAAACUGACUUCCCUGGGUUUCAUAAUAGGAGUCAGCAUGGUGGGCAACCUUCUGAUCUCCAUUUUGCUAGUGAAAGAUAAGACUUUGCAUAGAGCACCAUACUACUUCCUCUUGGACCUUUGCUGUUCUGAUAUCCUCAGGUCUGCAAUUUGUUUUCCAUUUGUAUUCAACUCUGUUAAAAAUGGCUCUACCUGGACUUAUGGGACUUUGACCUGCAAAGUGAUUGCCUUCCUGGGGGUUUUAUCCUGUUUCCACACUGCUUUCAUGCUCUUCUGCAUCAGUGUCACCAGAUAUUUAGCCAUCGCCCAUCACCGUUUCUAUACAAAGAGGCUGACGUUUUGGACGUGCCUAGCUGUGAUCUGCAUGGUGUGGACUUUAUCUGUGGCCAUGGCAUUUCCCCCGGUUUUAGAUGUGGGCACUUACUCAUUCAUUAGAGAAGAAGAUCAAUGCACCUUCCAGCACCGCUCCUUCAGGGCCAAUGAUUCCUUAGGAUUUAUGCUGCUCCUUGCUCUCAUCCUCCUAGCCACACAGCUUGUCUACCUCAAGCUGAUAUUUUUUGUUCACGAUCGAAGGAAAAUGAAGCCAGUCCAGUUUGUAGCAGCAGUCAGCCAGAACUGGACUUUUCAUGGCCCAGGAGCCAGUGGCCAGGCAGCUGCCAAUUGGCUAGCGGGAUUUGGAAGGGGUCCCACACCACCUACCUUGUUGGGCAUCAGGCAAAAUGCAAACACUAUGGGCAGAAGAAGGCUAUUGGUCUUAGAUGAAUUCAAAAUGGAAAAAAGAAUUAGCAGAAUGUUCUAUAUAAUGACUUUUCUCUUCCUAACCUUGUGGGGCCCUUACCUGGUAGCCUGUUAUUGGAGAGUUUUUGCAGGAGGACCUGUAGUACCAGGGGGAUUUCUAACAGCUGCUGUCUGGAUGAGUUUUGCUCAAGCAGGAAUCAGCCCUUUUGUUUGCAUUUUCUCCAAUAGGGAGCUGAGGCGCUGUUUCAGCACAACCCUUCUUUACUGCAGAAAAUCCAGGUUACCAAGGGAACCUUACUGUGUUAUAUGA